AAAGACAAAGAAGGAAGAGAGGAAGGAGGAAAGCAGCCAUAGAAAACCUACGACUGUUCAUGCAGAAACCCAGUUGGUUUUCCUGUGAUUUUGGCUUUAACAACCCAAAUGGAAAUGUUUGAAGACAAAAGAUGCCUGAUCAGCACCGUACGACAGGCCUGAGCUCCUACAUCCUCCUCGUCCAGUAACAGUACGUUAAUGGUUGCAACUGGCUGCCCCAGCCUCCAUUACUGCCCUCGCAGACACAGCCUGAUGAUCAGCGGUGCCAUGGGAGCGGUGAGGGUCAACAGAUACAGCAUUGUUUCCACUGAUGAAGAUGCCUUAAAGAUAUCCAGCUUGGGUCUCCACAAUGGCCACAGUCCUCUGACUCAGCAGAACCUAUCAGGGGCGUGCAUUCGGGGUGAGGACGGAGGGGGAGAGUAUUUAGGAGGUGAAGAAGCUCAUGGGGCUUUGCCUUUGAGGAUGACCAACGAGCCAAUCAUCCACAGCAGCUGUCGCUCCUCACCUUUGUGUCGUCUGGACCUUGAUCUCAGCACCGGACGGCUGCGCAGCCGCUUCGUCAAGAAGAAUGGCCAAUGCAACGUGGUUUUCAACAACAUGGAGGGUAAACCACGAAGAUACCUGGCAGAUAUUUUCACCACUUGUGUAGACAUACGCUGGCGUUACUUGCUGCUUAUCUUUACCGCCACCUUCCUUCUGUCCUGGCUGCUGUUUGCUUUCAUUUUCUGGGGAGUGGCUCUUGUUCAUGGAGACUUUGAGCUGCAGCUCCCUGUAGCAGAUGAGAAUCCUAGAAGUAAUCCAGAGGAGGCCAAAGAUAAAAGGCGUCCAUGCAUUCUCCACAUCCAGGGGUUCAUUGGGGCUUUCCUCUUCUCAAUAGAGACCCAGACCACUAUUGGAUAUGGCUUCCGUUGCGUCACCGAGGAAUGCCCGAUUGCUGUUGUGACAGUAGUAGUGCAGUCCAUUGUUGGCUGUAUAAUUGACUCUUUCAUGAUCGGCACCAUCAUGGCAAAGAUGGUUCGCCCUAAAAAGAGGGCGCAGACCUUGCUGUUCUCUCAUAACGCCGUCAUCGCUCUGCGAGAUGGUAAGCUGUGCCUCAUGUGGCGCCUGGGGAACAUGCGUAAGAGCCACAUUGUUGAAGCCCAUGUGCGUGCUCAGCUCAUCAAAGCGCAUGUGACGGCGGAGGGUGAGUACCUUCCCUUGGAGCAGACAGACAUCGACGUCGGCUAUGACGACGGACUAGAUCGGCUGUUUCUGGUGUCCCCGCUGGUUGUGGUCCAUGAAAUCAACAAAAACAGUCCUCUGUAUAACCUGAGCCGCUGCGACCUGCAGAAGGAGGACUUUGAGAUUGUGGUCAUUUUGGAGGGGAUGGUGGAGGCGACAGCCAUGACUACACAGGCCAGAAGCUCCUACUUGGCCAGGGAGAUACUUUGGGGUCACCGCUUUGAGCCAGUGGUGUUUGAAAAGGGUGACCGCUACCAUGUGGACUAUUCUCGCUUCCAUAAGACUUACGAAGUGCCAUCUACACCUCACUGUAGUGCCAGAGAACUGAGCCAGAGGAAGGGCCACAGUGGUCACUUGUCCUCCUCCAGUUCAAGCUUCUCCCGAUCUCCGUCACUUUUCGCUCCGAGAGCAGCAAGACGUUUGCAGGGAUCUCACUCUCCCAGUGCUUUCUGCUAUGAGAAUGAAGUAGCUCUGUGCUGCGGAGACGACGCAGAUGAUGAGGAAGCAGAUAAGGACAUGGACAGCCUCAAAGCAGGAAGUAAAAGGGAGAUCAAAAUUAGAGAUGACAUUCACUUGGAUUUCAAAGGGGCAUUUGUGAAAGAGCAAACAGUGGAGAUGCUGUGUGUUCUGGACUCAGAAAACCAGAUCAGCCUGGAUAGACUCCAGCCGACUCUUCCUUUAUACAUCAGCAGAGAAUCGGGAGUUUAACCACAAUUUCUGCCUUUUUUGUUAUUGUCUGAUUCAACCAAAGUAUUGAACUGAUUGAAAUUCAAGAUAUAAGAUGCAUGAUGUGAGAAAGCGUUGUAUUUUUCUA